AUGUCUGUCCGUGUCGUCGCCAGGAUACGUCCGCUGCUGAAGAAAGAGCUGGACAAGGAUGUCAUUGUACGCGCCGCCAGCACCGACGAAGGCAAGCCCUUCACCAUCGUCAAGAUCCCCAACCCAAAAAACGAAACCGAAGAGUUCUCUCUACCCUCACAUCAAGGCCCUCUUCCAAGGCCUCGACCCGCCACCAAGCUCAACGCCCACAGCUCCCGCAGUCACGCCAUCCUUCGCGUCAAAGUCACACAAACAACAGGCGACAUGGUGUUGGAAAGCACGGCGUCGGCCAUCGACUUGGCGGGCUCCGAAGACAACAGAAGGACCGACAACAACAGGGACCGCAUGAUCGAGUCGGCCGCCAUCAACAAGUCCUUGUUCGUUCUGUCGCAAUGUAUUGACGCCAUCUCGCGCGGCGACAAGCGCAUUCCCUACCGCGAAUCCAAAAUGACGCGCAUUCUCAGUCUGGGCCAGAACAACGGCAUCACCAUCAUGAUUCUCAAUUUGGCCCCGAUGCGCUCCUACCACCUCGACACCUUGAGCAGUCUGAACGUCUCGUCCCGCGCCAAGCGCAUCGAAGUUCGCGAGAUUGAAAACGAAGUCGUCUACAAGCAGCCGCACCGCUCGCACAGCUCGACCUCGUUCAGCGGUCUAACCAAUGGCGUUCUGGCCCCUCGCCAGCCAUUGCGGCCGAUCGGCCUAGGCACUCAGAACUCGUACACGGGCAGUGCGCCCGCUCUAGCCCGCUCCAGCAUCGACCGCGCCGCCGCCUCGGGAGCAGUCAUUGAAAAGAUCGAAAAGCCCUCCAAGCUCUUCAACGUGUACGCCGACCGCGCUUCAGCACACAAAGCCACGGCGUCCAUGGGCGGCGGCAGCUCUUCACGACUCGCCGGCCCACCACAAGCCAACACGUCGCAGAUCCGCCAGCCUCUUUCUUUGUCGGGAGGACUAGCCUCGCGGCGCUCCAUGACCGACACCACUCCCGCUUCUUCCUCAAGCACCGAAACAUCAGCCCUUCGCUCAGGACUCAUCGGCACGGGAGCAUCGAAACUGGCGCGGCCUACUGGGCUUCCGCUACCCGGCUCGGUUUCCGCUGGUGUCUCCCGCCAGAACAGUAGCUCCUCGGGCUCCAUCCAGCCCCCACAGCAAACAAGCAAAUCAGUAGACAACACGCCCAUCCUUACCCUCUCAGCAGCCCAGAUCGAAGCCAUGGUCGAGAAAAAGGUCGCCGAGAUCUUGGCUGCCCGCGCAGCAGCCGCCGCUGCCCUCGCCCCGCAGACACCUACCCCUUCUACGCCCAGAUCGGAUAACCACCACCCCCCGGGGAGCGAGCAGCAGCGGCCCAAGUCGUCGGAGCCGCGGAUUAGCGAGGAGGUGCAGAGAAGAUUGGAGGCGCUGGAGAGGAGGAUCGAAGAGCAGAGCAUGAGUACUUCACGAUCUAGUUCGCGACGGGGACGCGGCGGAAGGGACGAGAAAAGUGCGGGGUUGCAGUUAUUGCUAGAGGCCAGAAAGGCAAAAGAGGCGGGCCAAUUGGAAGAGGCGUUGGGGAUGUACGAAGAUGCGCUGGGAUUCUUCCCUGGGCAAAGGAAGUUGGUGGGCAAGAUUGAGAAACUCAAGUUGAAGUUGGGCAAGAUUAGUAGGGAGGACUACGAAGUUGGUGCGCAACUGAGGGAUGAAGAGGCUGGUUCACGACAAGGCAACCGAGUUGGAAGUGCGAUACAGCAAAGCAGGAGCGCGAGCGUCACCAGCGGACGACGAACAGCCAUGACGGGGAUUUCUUCGACUGACGCGGAAGUGGACGAGGAGGAUCUUGACGACGACAUGGAAGCCGACGUGGAAGAGACGCCCGAAGAAGCAGAAGCGAGGAGGAGGAGACUGUUGAAGUCGCGAGGCCGCAGUGCUACACUAGGCGUGGGCAUUUCUAGCAGGUCAAGACAGCAGUUGUACAGCAACACGACGACCGACACGGGCUCCGAUUACGAUGACCGCUCUGCUUCUAAUUCGGAUCCGGAACAACAGUCUUCGCAAGAACCGAGCCCGAGAACGAAGCAGUUGCUGGAUAUUGUCAAUUCGCGCGAUACCGAGCUGAUCAAGUCCCUUAGUGGAUUCGGACAGAAGCGCGCGCAGGAUCUGGUGGAUCAUUUGGAUGAUACGCAGGGACCGAGCGGGAAAGUGAGGAGCUUGGGCGAGUUGACGACGGUUCCGGGCGUGGGCGUCAGGACGGUGGAGAGGGCGUAUGAAGGGUUGGCGGUUGCGGCUGAGUUGAGCAGCAAGUUGGCGCUGAAGACGUAUUAUGAUGAGACGGAGACUUUUUAG